AAAAAUGGUGGGCAUAGCGCAAAAAACAACUCAGUCAAAGAUGGACGCCGUGAUGCAGGUGAUGAAAUACAUGGAGCGUGUCCAGCAGCAGUUCCAGGAGCUGCACCACCUCGUCAACAUGAUGCACGAGAUCGAGACCAAAUAUGGCUACCGGCCACAGGAGCACCGGCCCGACUACAUACCCGAGGUGUACGCCGAGGCAGACGACAUGAUAAAAAGAAUAGACGAGAUAAACAAAAUAAGACAUCUAGAGAAAAUAGAGAAACUCAGAGAAGCACAGAAAAUUCGGGAUGCUCUUAUGGGGAAAAUUAGUACAUCAGCUAACUUCUCUGGUCACACUACGACGCGGAGAACUCCCCGGGACAGAUACCGUGGCAAUGGUACGGGCAGUCGAUGGUGGCCUAUAGACUAUGGAUGGGAGAUAGAUUACAAAUGGUUCGAUUAGUAUUUGUGUUUAUUUCUACUGUAUAAAAAUAAGUCGAGUUUUCCUUCCUGACGCUAUAACUCCAGAACGAACGAACCGAUUUCCAUGGUUUUGCAUUCGUUGGAAAGAUCUCGGGCUCCGUGAGGUUUUUAGGAAAGAAGA